CAGCAGGGCAGCGCAAAGCGAACCAAGCUGGCAACAGGUCCUAGGGCAAAAGAGCCUGUUGGGAGAUGGAAAGGCCAGCCAGCGAGAAACGCUCAGAGCCCGUCCAGGAAAAAGGCGAUUUGCUUUGUCGUCAGUGCCGACUAAAGCAGCAUUUGUUUUGUGUGGACUCUUCAUCAAAGUUAAAGGUAGCACAGCAAUGAAACCGAGAGCACGACGAGACACAACUACCUUAAAAUCGGGUACGACAUUCGGGCACCAUUGUUUUCUAACACCUUUUCUAACACCAACUUUGUGUUGCUGGAGCUAAGUUGUCUUAGUCACGCGCAGGGACCCAAUGGCAAGAAAUUUGAUAAACAAGCCGACGCCUCGUCUUCUCCAGCUCGCUGUAUUGUGAAAGCUCCGGCCUUUGUUUGCGAGGUGGCCGACCCAUGCGAGCGCCGACGGAGCAAUCAGGUGACUCUUUGUUUCCCGUGCGCAGGGAAUGAAUAUCGAUUUCCUGGGAUAGCAAAAGCCUCGGAAUGAUAGCUGUUGCUUCGUACGCACGAGAGUAUGUCUGGCCAGACUUCACGUGUGCGACACAAGCUCUUGCGCGUUUGCUUAAUGCUCGCUUGGUUGCUUCCACAGUACAAGGAGCGUAUGCAAAGAUGGCGGUAGACGCAUCCGGAAUCGCGACAGAGAAUCUGUGCAUGAGUUGCCGCAUACGUCACUUGACGACAGUGAAGGAAAGCCUCCCUAUGUCCCAGUAUAAAAGGCCAGGAAACGGGAAUGACAUUGGAGCAUCAGUGGAAGAACCGGGAACGCAUGAGCAAGAGAUAUAUUCUCGAAAACUUUGGGUGAGGCUGGAUUAUUCAGGCCCUGGAACUCAUCCAGGAAAUCCUCAUGAACAUCAACUUGAGGAGAAUGUGGAUUACUAUCCUCCUCGCAACCAUAAUGACUCACCACCGACCCACAAGCACAUCCCUGGCAAUGAGGUUCAUCCUGAGCGACACUUGGUGGAUGCAUUAGACUACGUCCCUGCUCGCACCCACACGCCAUCGCCAGUGCACUAAACAAGCAGAGCUCUUGCUCUACAAACAGGACCACGUCCUUUGAAUCCACAUAAAAAUGCUGAGAAAAAAAAGAGAGGUAAAUCCGAGUGUGAGCUUCGUCUCCUCCCACGAUCGUCUCGCAUUCGGUGUAAAUCAGCUAGAGAAGAAGAUCAGGUAGGAGAGUUACAAGUAACACAGCGUGAGCAAUAAACUUUGGUUUUGGAUUAAA